ACAGCUGGGAGGAGAAAAUGUUUGGCUUUCACAAACCGAAGAUGUAUCGGAGUAUAGAGGGCUGCUGUAUUUGCAGAGCUAAGUCUUCCAGUUCUCGUUUCACUGACAGCAAGCGUUACGAAAAGGAUUUCCAGAAUUGUUUUGGGCUCCAUGAGGCCCGCUCAGGAGAUAUUUGCAAUGCCUGUGUCCUUUUGGUGAAAAGAUGGAAAAAAUUGCCAGCAGGAUCCAAAAAAAACUGGAAUCACGUGGUAGAUGCCAGGGCUGGACCCAGUCUUAAAACAACAUUGAAACCAAAGAAAAUGAAAACUCUGUCUGGAAGCAGAAUAAAGAGCAAUCAAAUCAGCAAACUGCAAAAGGAAUUCAAGCGGCACAAUUCUGAUGCCCACAGCACCACUUCGAGUGCCUCCCCAGCUCAGUCGCCCUGUUACAGCAACCAGUCUGACGAUGGCUCUGACACAGAGAUGAGCGCUGGGUCCAGCAGAACACCAGUUUUCUCCUUUUUAGAUCUCACGUACUGGAAAAGGCAAAAGGUGUGCUGUGGGAUUAUUUACAAAGGGCGUUUUGGGGAAGUCCUCAUAGACACUCAUCUCUUCAAACCUUGCUGUAGCAAUAAAAAGUCUGCCACUGAGAAGCCAGAACAAGAAGGACCACAAUCUCCAGCAAUCUCCACCCAAGAGGAGUGGUGACUUCCUUGGAUAGCUGCAGAAGGUUAUACAGAUCCUCUUAUUCUCUGGAAAAAUACUAGAAAAGUGAUUGUUCACUUUGGACACCUGCUAUGCUGCCAAAAGACUAUUCCCUAGAACUGUUUUGGGUUUUACUGCUACAAUUCCACAAACUCUGAAGCCAGUUUGUAUCCUUUCAGAAAGACUGUACAUAAUAUUUAAGAUGCUAUGGAACACUUAGCAAAGCUGAAUGCUGCUGCAAGGUUGUCCCUCUAAUCUUCCCCUCCCUCUUCCCUCCCCACUCGCUUCACAAAUGAACUUGAGGAUGGGGUUUUGUAUAUUAAAGUAUAUGUAGUUCAUCUUUCUGUAUUGAAAGAAGCAGUGGUGUAAGGCAUUUUUUAAAGUUGGUUGGUAACCUCCCUUAAAUCCCCAAGAAAAGAUUUCAUUCUUAGACACGUAUGAGUCAAUAAGAUGAACUAAUACAUAGAAAUGUUAUAAGUCACCUCUCUAGUUAUAUAAAUAUAUAUUUUUUAAAGGUGUGGAGAUUUCACCCUAUACUACUGACGUAACAAAGACAACUAAUUCAUCCCUCCUAUGUGACACAGACUGGUAAACUGCAGACAUCUCUACUACAAGUGGUAGUUAUCCAAGAAGGCCCC